GGUGGCCACCAGACGUUGCUGGUGCAGCUGGUAACGAAGUAAACAGUCAGUUUAGUUCAAGAAAAAUGGCUCCAACAAGAAGAAACAACGAUGGGCUUUUGGCAAGGGUCAAUUUUCCUUUGUACACGCUGCAAAUGGUCACAAGUAGACACAUUUUGGUUGGCGGGGGAGGCGGAUCUUCAAAAACUGGCGUAGCCAAUGGUUUCGAAAUUUUUGAGAUAUCUCACAACGGUGAAACAUUUGUUGCCGAAGAAGUCGUUCGCCAUGAAACAGGACCCACAGUUGUCAUGAACUCAGCUACUCAUAACAAUGGCAAACACACUUACCUGGUUGCGGGUCAGGAGAGUCACUGUCAGCUAUAUAAUGUUAAGAUGUCUGUGGGGACGGAAAAGCGGGGCAGUGUUUCUAACACUGACAUUACUAAUGAAGGGAGUGGAGCUCGUCAGCGCAAAAAGAGAAACUCUACGAGUGAUGCCAGCAAAAAUUCCUCUGAACAAAAGACUCAAUCAAAUGGCACCAUCAAAACACAAAAGCGGUUAAAUUUUGAAAUAAAACCAUCAGACAGUAUUCAAACAGACUUUAGUGCAGAGGAACCUCUUCAAAGAGUUGUUCGGAUCAGUCGAAAUGGUCAAAUUAUGGUUACUGGUGGAACUGAUGGGUUCAUUAGAGUGUGGCAGUUUCCAUCAAUGAAUAAAAUCCUUAAUAUUAAAGCCCACUCAAAAGAAAUUGAUGAUCUUGAUAUUUGUCCUGACAGUGCCUCAAUAGCGAGCAUUUCUAAAGAUGGCACCUGCUGUUUAUGGAAUGCUCAGAAUGGGAAGAAGACUUCAACUCUAACAUGGGAAAUCCCUGCUAAUUCAAAGUACCUGUAUAAGCGCUGCCGGUAUGGAAUAAGAGGAAACGGAACCGAUAUAGAUUCUUUAUUCACUCUGGCCAACCCUGUGGGACAAGCUGGAAGUCUAAAAUCAUAUCUUCAGUUAUGGGAGCCAGCUAGUGGGAAACUUCGUAAAUCCUACCCCUUUGAUGAAAGUCUCGCUGCCUUGGCUGUGCGUGACGAUGGAAUGUUUGUUGCUGUUGGCACUAUGUUCAGUGGUAGUGUAUCUAUUCAUGUGGCUUUCAGUCUCCAGAGGAUUAUGUCCGUUCGCAAUGCACAUGGUAUGUUUGUGACGGGUCUUGAAUUCCUGCCAACAUCCCUUGAUGGUCCAGCUGUCACUUGCCCUUAUGAAGCAGCUGUCGUUAGCAUUUCUGUUGACAAUCGUGUGUGCAUUCAUCAAGUCCCCUUCAGACAUUCAAUGCCUGUGUGGCUGGUUCUAGUUCUGAUGGUACUUUUACUGUGCGCAUCAUUUACUGUGUGUAGUUACGUGGGUUUAUAAACUUAAAUUAUUUACUUACACUAUCAGAAAGUCAAUGUCGCAAAAUUACUGUUUAAUGCAGUUUUAUGUUAUGAGGACAGGUCAUGUCAUGUGAAUUCUGGAACAGGGAAUGUUAUGCAUUAGCUUUGACUGAUAAAAUUUGAUAACUACUGGUGGCGUGUUUUAAUGUUGAUAAAUAUAAUAAAUUUCUACAUCUUUUACUUCUAGUUUCUGUCGAGCCUGAGGGUUUCCUUUCUUUUGCUAUACCUUUGUAAGAAAUUUUAGUUCUAGACCUUCAUGAAUAAUCAUGUGUUUUCUAUGUUCUGUGCUGCUUUCACUGCAUUUACUUCAAGCUUUGAAAAUGUGUUUUUAUGAUCAUAUCAUAAAACUCUGUUUGUAAUCUGCGUGUUAGUCAAAAAGAGUCACCUAGUGCAGAGGCAUUCAUUUUCAAGGCUGAGGGUCAAGUUUUGUGUAUCAAGUUUUCAAAUGCAUUUUCUGUAACUCAUCCAACACUUAUGAAUGUUUACUUGUAAACACAAUGCAACACUAGUCACUCCUAUCUGGAUUGUUUUGUUGCCAUUUUUGAAAGUUAGUGAACUGGAGUGUUGACAUGUUUUUUGUUAAAGUGACAGUUAAAUUCUGUCUUUUGUUGUUUAGCUUCUUAUCAGCUUGCUAAAAUCAAUUUGGUUCUAUGAUUUGCAAGAUUCCUGCUGUUGGACUUGAGUUUAUGAAUAGAUGAACUCAAUUAAGUAGUUAUAUUCUAGAAAGUACUUUUAAUUUUAUCAUCACUGUCUUUGCUCCUACACUUUCAUCACUAUUACCUCUUAAUGUAACUACACUCAUUCCUAAUAAUUUGCUCAAUAGGGUGCAUUGAUUGUGCCUUAUUUGUAUUGAUCAUAAAAAUGUGUUUCAAUGCUUAAUUCUGUAUAUCAGGGCUGAGCAUGUGACAAGAGUUUGUUUUAAUUAUAAUUAAGUUUACAUGAUGAGUGUCCAAUUUUAGUGUUUCAUAGUAUGAAAUUGUCUAGACUUUUUUUUGUGAAGUAAUAGAAAGAGAUUGGCUGAGUUUGGCUGGCCCAGACUGAAACUCGUACAAGCAGGGUUACCUGUCGGGGUUAUUCGUUGGUAGUGUUUCUUCUCUCUCUUUUUAAUAACCAGAGAUAACUUAUUACUGAGCUAUCUUUGGUUUUCAUCUUUGACUUGGGUUUUAUGUUCUGCUUCACCAUUCUCACCCUUUAUGUUUCUACCACAUGUUUAGCUUAGGGUAGAAAUGGUGUGCAUGGAAGUGGGUACCUUAUUUAAAAAGAAUAUAUGAAAUGGUGUCAGGUGUAUGUUAGGCAUUGAAGCUGAAGUUCUAUGGACUGUUUUAUCAUGUCUCAAUUUUAUACUUGUACAACGUGCUAAAUUUUAAAUUAGUAUUUGUAGAAUUUUCUCGGGAGGAAAUGUCUUUGAUUGUCUUUCAUGUUUAUUUAUUGUUGUUUUUUUUCUGUAUAGGUCUAUUGUGAAAAUUAGAAUUAGAUUUUAUUCCAAUGUUAAAAGCUUCACUGCAAGUAAACCCCUCACCCAUUCGCAUUGUACCUCUUGGUUCGGUACUCUUUGUUUCUGUUACUGGAUCUUGUUUUACAGAGACUGGUUCAGUUGGGAACUUACAGAAUUCCUGGGUCAACUGUUCAGUUUGUUUUAUCUCUGUGAUAAGUUGUCGGUACGUUUUUGUUGUGUCGUUUGCUGGCAUGGAGGCAUUGAAGCAUAGUGGAGUUCUCGUAAAAGUCACCUCAUUUAGUUAUAUUGUUCAUAUAUUGUGGCUGAUAAACAGGGUUUGGUUUGGCAAACAGUUGCUGCUGAACCCUACUACCUCAUGACAGGGUUUGCUCUUUACUGUUCAAAAAUCUGUAUACAAGAGCCUUUUUAUACUUAAAAAAAAAUACCUACAGAAAUUUUGUAUCAAUGUAUCCUAAUCUUUGAGGCUGAAGUGAGGCACUGCGUGAGUUGCCGAGUCACACCAACAGCGACUUAAUUUUCCUCUUGCCAUGCUCUUGUGUUGUAAGCUGUUGGUUUUUCAGCCUCUAUCACUAGUGGGUGAUUAUUUGCUUAUUUUUAUUUUCAAUUACGAGCAUUUUUGUUGUUUUUGUUGUAGUUUGCAAAUUUUCAAAAAUAUGUGAUUGGCUGUAUUGUGUAUUUUCUUCACUAUCCCUUGACAAACUCAGGAGUAAGUGUCAAUGUUUCAAUGUAAAUAUUGAUUAAUUUUAUUUUUCAUCAACGAAUAUUUAAGAAUUGUUGGGGCAUUCUGCUCAUGUUAUGGCUUUUGGAUGAAGGAUUGUCAAAAUGUGGAAGGACAAAAGUUACUCAAAACAUUGCGGGUCUCUGCCAAUAAACGCUGAAGAAGAAAAAACUAUAUUCAAAA